UGCUUCGUUUAGUGCUUCGUUUAAGGGAGUUCGGCGUCGGCGAGCUGCUUCUCUUCUAUAAAAUACCUCUCGCGUCAAAGCAGAGAGAGACGGAGAGAGCGCGAGCGAGAGGGAGCGAGGGGAGGAGAUGGGGAUUAAGAAGCCGAUGGAUUUGGUGGCGGCGUUGGCAGCGGUUUUCGGUCUAUGUUACGGGAUUGCCGGAGUGGCGGCCGACGCGUCCGAUCACCGCUACAAGGCCGGGGAGGCGGUCCCUCUAUACGCCAACAAGGUCGGCCCUUUCCACAACCCCAGUGAGACGUAUAGGUACUUUGAUCUCCCCUUCUGCAUUCCAGAACAUGUGAAGGAGAAAUCAGAAGCUCUUGGUGAAGUGCUGAAUGGGGACCGCCUGGUCGAUGCUCCAUACAAGCUUGACUUCCGCGUCGAUCUGGAUUCCAAAGUGGUGUGCCCGAAGAAGCUGAAGGGAGAAGAUGUGGCCCAGUUUAGGAGUGCAGUCCUCAAGGACUACUACUUCCAGAUGUACUACGAUGACCUCCCCAUUUGGGGAUUCAUUGGGAAGGUUGACAGGGAAGGCAAAACUGAUGAGAAUGAGUACAAGUACUACCUUUACAGGCAUAUCCACUUUGAGGUCUUAUACAACGGUGACCGUGUGAUUGAGAUCAAUGCCCACACCGAUCCCAAUGCGUUGGCUGAUGUCACUAAGGACAGGGAAAUUGAGGUGGAGUUCUUGUAUUCAGUGAAGUGGAAGGAGACAAGAACACCGUUUGAGAACCGGAUGGAUAAGUAUUCGCAAACUUCAUCACUGCCACAUCACUUGGAAAUUCAUUGGUUCUCCAUAAUUAACUCAUGCGUCACGGUUCUUCUGCUGACUGGAUUUCUUGCCACGAUUCUCAUGCGGGUGUUAAAGAAUGACUUUGUCAAGUAUGCUCAUGAUGAGGAAUCAGCUGAAGACCAGGAAGAGACUGGAUGGAAAUAUAUCCAUGGGGAUGUCUUUAGGUUCCCGAAGCACAAGUCACUCUUUUCUGCCUGUGUUGGUUCUGGCACUCAGCUAUUUGCUCUUGCAAUUUUCAUAUUUAUUCUGGCUUUAGUUGGGGUGUUCUACCCUUACAAUCGAGGUGCUCUUUUCACUGCACUGGUUGUCAUCUAUGCACUUACAUCUGGUAUAGCUGGUUAUACUUCCACUUCUUUCUAUUUUCAGCUCGAAGGAACAAACUGGGUAAGGAAUUUGCUGAUGACAGGAUGCCUGUUUUGCGGGCCUCUGUUCCUGACAUUCUGCUUUCUGAACACUGUUGCCAUUGUAUAUAGUGCUACAGCAGCACUCCCAUUUGGCACUAUUUUAGUGAUUCUUCUCAUAUGGACACUGGUAACUUCUCCUCUGCUUGUUCUGGGCGGGAUUGCUGGCAAGAACAGCAAGGCAGAAUUCCAGGCUCCUUGUCGCACUACUAAGUAUCCUCGAGAAAUCCCACCUCUGCCUUGGUAUAGAGGAACUAUUCCGCAGAUGGCAAUGGCUGGUUUUCUACCCUUUAGUGCUAUUUAUAUCGAACUUUACUACAUUUUUGCAAGUGUCUGGGGCCACCGAAUUUACACAAUCUACAGCAUCCUCUUUAUAGUCUUUAUCAUUCUUCUCAUAGUCACUGCCUUCAUAACUGUCGCAUUGACCUACUUUCAACUUGCUGCUGAAGAUCAUGAAUGGUGGUGGAGGUCAUUCCUUUGCGGAGGAUCAACCGGUCUAUUCAUUUAUGGGUACUGCUUGUACUACUACCAUGCUCGGUCCGACAUGUCAGGUUUUAUGCAAACGUCGUUCUUCUUCGGGUACAUGGCUUGCAUCUGCUAUGGUUUCUUCCUACUUCUCGGGGCCAUUGGUUUCCGUGCUGCCUUGUUAUUCGUCCGUCACAUAUACCGAUCUAUCAAGUGUGAAUAAUCAGUCAUCCUUGGAUCAUGUUAGGUAUGUUUCUUUUUUCUGCUUUAUAUAGGCUUUCCCAUAGAGAGAGAGACUUGCUAUUUGUGAAAGGUGGUUGGACUUUACCUGUGGACAUGGAGCAGCAGCUGGAUUUAGAGCUGGAUCACCAUUUCUUGAACUGAGGCUGAACCUUCUAGAUUGUUAUUUUGGUGCGAGUCAAUUGUAAUCUUGUUCUUCUUGUAUUCUGCUCCCUCAAGAGCUCUUGUUACUCUGCGAAGAAGUUUGUACCAUUACAUGGACCUACAUAUUCUAGAAUACAGUAUCUUUUUUUUUAAGUUAA